AUGGUCCGCCUCGAUGCAGACCUCAUUGCUCGGACGCCUUCGGUCUUGAGCCCCCUGAAAGACCGCGAGCUCGAUCUGCGAGGGCACAAGAUCCCUGCCAUCGAGAACUUGGGUGUCACAAAGGACCAGCUAGACUCGCUCGACCUCACCGACAACGCCAUCACCUCCGUCUCCAACUUUCCCCUGCUCCGCCGCCUCUCCCAGCUCCUCCUCGCCAACAACCCCGUCCGCACCGUCUCUCCCUCUAUCGCAACCAGCCUGCCCAACCUCCGCACCCUCAUCCUCACGAACUCGGCAGUCCCGAAGGACUCGCUCGCCGUCCUGGGAGACACGCUGGGCAAGUGCAGGAAACUCGAGAUGCUGAGUCUGAAGGGCGCGCCUGUCGCUCAGGCGGAACACUACAAGGAGUGGAUCGUGUUCAAGUGUGAGAAGCUGAGGUCGCUCGACUUUGAGCGGGUGCAGCUCAAGGACCGCGAACACGCCCGCUCGCUCUUCCUCACCGCCGCCGGCGAACCGACUCCCCUUCACACCUCCUUCCUCUCCGCCGUUGCAACCGGUUCCGCCGCACCGUCGCUCGUACCGAAGACGUUCGAGCCGGGCGUCGAGCCUGCGAGUGUGGAGAAGGCUGCGGCGGGCAAGGCUGGAAGGUUGUUGACCAAGGAGGAGAAGGAGAGGGUGCGGAAGGCGAUCGAGGGAGCGGAGAGUGUCGAGGAGAUCCGCCGCCUCCAGCGCAUGCUCGCGCAAGGUUUCGUUCCGACGGAGAAGGACCUGCGAGACCUAGACCGGCAAAAAUCCCGAACAGCGAACGGGAACGCGAUGCAAGAGUAG